AAAUACAGGUAUACAGUCAAUUUUUUUGGAGACGAUUACACAGACGAAAUAAUCCUUGACUUCGCUGUGCAAGAUAUUAGUGAACCUCUUGACAAAGCCUUCAAAUCUGGCAAGUGCCUAACCAUGACAAAAGAACGUCUGCAGCCUUUCAUAAGAGGAGACAAAAUGGUAAUGACAGUGAAAAUAGAGAAAGUGGUGACACAUGUGCAGAUGGAUGGCACUGUUACGUGCCCCUUGCUUAAAAUUUCUGACCAUUUUUGCUCCUCAGUUGCUAGAAUCGGUAAUUUAGAGAAACACGUUGAAGAGGAACAUGGAGACCUUCUGAGAAGAAGUUGUGACUUUGAAUGUGCAUCUCUAACCAACAAAGCUUUGUUGGUGUUGGAUUAUAACGAAAUGUUUCUGUACUAUAAACAUAUUUCACAGAGUGGUGUCAUGUUCAUAAUAGUUCAGCAAGUGGGCCUUACGAAUGGGAAAUAUGGAUACACGGUAAAACUCAACGCGAGGAAUGAAGAAGAUGACAUAAGACGUCAAUUUAAUGCAUAUAAGAUUACUGAGCCCUUUGGGCCCAUUUUCGAUAAUCGCAGAUGCAUGGUUAUUCCUAUAGAUAACUUGGGUCCUUACAUAGAAAGUGGAUAUCUAGCACUGUCUGUAGUAAUAUACCAACUUUCUUCUUGUGAGCAGGAUACAGAUGAGUCUGAGUCAGAUGAAGACGAUAUUGAAGGAGAGGCAAACGAACAUGUUAACACAAUCUGCCCCUUAAAGAAGAUUCCAGAAAAAUCGUGCCCCUGGGUUGGACCCAUCCGCUGUUUAUACAAGCACGCAGACAAGUUCCACGAGGAUGUUCUGAAGAAAUGUUUUUCUUUUCCUUGCAAUUCUCUUCAAGAUAAAGCCUUUUUAAUAUUAUUGCAGGGAGAAAUAUUUCUCUACUAUAAACAUUUUUCACAGGCCGGUAUUAUGUACGCGGUUAUACAGCAAGUUGGUCUUACAAAGAACAAAUACAAGUACUCAAUAGAGAUUCCCUCAUUAGACAGAACAGCUGGCUCCAUUACUUUUACGUCUCUUGUGGGCAGGAUUAGUGAGCCUUUUCAAGACAUUUUCAAUGCUCAGGGGUGCCUGGUUGUUAGUAGUGAAAGGUCCGGGGUGUGACUCUCUCGACAACUUUUAC